AUGGGUACUUAUAAGCAGAACCUUCUUAUUCCAUAUGUGCGUGAAUUUGAUUACAUAGCUGAAUGGAAUAAUGAACUUGCACAUGCUGCAAUGGAAAACUCAGAAAUGCACAAAGGAAUGUGCAAAACUCGUUUUCAGACUAUGAGUGAGCAAAUGCGUACUUAUAAGCAGACACUUCUUAUUCCAUAUGUGGGGUAG